CAGUCAACAUCCACAACAAAGAAACUGUGCUCUCAUACUUUGCUUUAUUAUUUCCAAAAUUAAUGAAUGAAUGCGCUCACUGCCAGCUUCAGACCCUGAGGACAUUUUCCACAUAAUAUCAAAACUUGGGCCUAAUUACAUCAUCAACAGAGAGAGAGAGAGAGAGAGAGAGAGAGAGAGGGAGAGAGGGAGAGAGAGAUUAGGGGAAAGAUAGGCAUGUGUUUUCACUGAAUACAUGCAGCAGCUAUGGUGAUGAGUUCAGUCCAGCGAAAAGAUAGAAAACUUUGAGAUAAUCCAGAUUAAAAGAGUGAAUCUGUGCUGUAAACCUGCCAGAUGGAAAAGAGGAAGAAAGGUGAGCUCACUGAUUUAAUAUAUACAGGGGGUAAAUAAAUUUGACAUGGAAAUGAUGGCUCUUUACUCUUGUACAAUCUGUUUCUCAUGGGUUUUAUGCACUUAAUAACUGAAGCUUCUACAGGAAGACAAUGUAAAAAUGUGGAUGUACAAUAGCUAUGAUAAGUGUUAGAAAAUUAAUAUUAUUUAUUACAUUUAAUGGCUGUUACUUUAACUGAACUUCUCUUUUUCACAGGAUCUCCUACUGAACUGAGGUUAAUGGUGGUUGGUAGCAGUGGACCAUCUCAGUUCUUGCUAACCAAUGCCAUACUUGGGAGGGAGGAGUUUUCCAAGGAUAUCACCAGUAUUUCUGGCAGCAGGAAGAAUACAGGAGAGCUGGCUGGUAGACGAGUGGCUGUGAUCAAUGGACCAAACAUCUACGACAAGGAUAUAUCUCAGGCCAAGAGGAAGAUGGAGCUAAGAAGGUCUAAGUGCUUAUGUAUCCCUGGUCCUCAUGCGUUUCUUGUUGCCUUUGACAUGGAGAAAAUCUCCCCGAAUGACAUAGGAACCCCCAGACUGAUGAAGGAACGCUUUGGAAGGCAUUGCCUGAGGCACUGCAUGGUCCUCCUGGCCUAUGAAGGAAACAUGGAGGGAGCUACUUUGGAAGACAAGGUGAAGAAGACUCACUGGCACCUGAGAGAACUCAUCGAGAAGUAUGGCGGACGCUUUCACAUUUUCAGCAAGAACUGGAGAGAUCGCAGCCGGGACAGGGAGCUGCUGCAGAAGAUAGAGUGGAUGGUGGCCUCACUGGGCGGGGGCCACUUCUCCAGCAGAACUUUCCAGAAGGCAGAGGACUGCGUGAGGAAGGAGGAGAAGAGGCUCAGGAAGCAGAGGGCAGCAGAGAUAGAGAAGGCGUGGACUGAGAUGGAAAAGAAGUACAUAGCGGAGGAGUUGUACCACCAGAGGGAUGCCUACACGACCAGUGUUGGUGCUGAGAUUAGAGCCAGGGCGGAGAUGGACAAUGGAUGGCUCAGAACUUCCCUGGCCAGAGGGCUGGGGACGGGUUUUGUUGUGGGAGCUGUCAUGGGAGCACUUGUCGGGUCUAUAGAGGGGCCAGGGGGCAUGGUUCUUUAUGGGAUCAUAGGCGGAGCGGUUGGAGGAUCGGCAGGAGGAACAGCCCAAGUAGCUAUAAAGCGCAUGGAGGACAGAGUGGCUCCACCUGCCAGGCUCAACUUCAACUCAAUCUUUAUCAACCGCUUCUUCGCAGCUCCUCGACCAUGACGGCAUGACAUUGACUUCUUACUGGUUUUUCAGGAGCAAAGUGAAAAUAAAAACUUUAUAUCAUGUGCUCUUGGUAUCUGACUGUUGGUUGUAGCUUUUAAGCAACCAUGAAACUUUGUACAGAUAAGGAAAUGUACAACUCCCUCUAGGUUGAAACACAAACUUGAUUCCCAUACUACUUUGCAUUUUUUACGUGUUAAAUCGUCCACAUAUUAUAGCAUUCUAUACUAUACUACUGUUUUGGUAUACACUGUACUUUAAGGGGAAUACUAAUGGUCAAAAACAACCUCUA